AUGGGUUUUCAGAUGGCUGGAAAUGUGCGCAAGAAGAUGGAGGGCUCUGCAACGCUCCAUAUUUUUGAUGUGAACCGUGCGGCGUGUCAACAAUUCGCGGAGAAAUUUUGUGAUUUUGGUUCUAUUAGGAUUGCAAGUUCCUCGAAAGAGGUUGCGAACGAUUCUCCAACAGUCAUUUCAAUGGUGCCUAUGGAUCAACAUUGUCGAACAGUUUAUCUCGAUCAUGAAACUGGGGUCAUCGCCGCUCGCGCCGAUCCAAAUCGAUUAAUCUUAGAAUGCAGCACUAUCAGUAUUACAACAACUCAAGAGAUAGACCAAGAUCCCCUCGCACAACGUGUCAAAGACGUGGUAGGCUGGAUGGGUGCGGCUGAGCGGAUCAAUUUCUGCGGCUUUCUCGGAGCAAGACUUGUGAACAAGGUUGUCAACAACUAUAUAGGUCUUUGCAAUCUUGCCGUGGCCGCCCAGGGCAUGGCUGUUGGGGUGCGACAUGGAAUGGAUAAAGAAACCCUGUAUAGGUGUAUCAAAGGAUCCAGCGGCGACUCUUGGGUUCUGGAUUUCUCACAACCUGUGCCAGGGAUCAUUGUGCGAAGUACAUCUAGUAACGGCUUCCGACCUGGAUUUACGCCUUGCUUGUGUCUCAAAGAUAUCUCCCUCGCGAUCAAAGCGGCACAGGAAGUGGGCAUCAACGCAACUAUGGGAGAGACUGCUCUUAAAGAGUAUGAGAAGGCCGACCAGGAUCCACGAACAACGGGUGAGUUUUCUUCGUACCCUGCGAAUCAUGAUGUCUAA